AUGCGUAUUACACCUUUUGUUCGAAAAUUAACGGAUUAUGAUCAAAAGAACGAAAACUUGUUAUAUUUUCAAGUAUGGUAUGAUGCUCUUAGUGAAAUAAAAGAUGAUCAAUCAGUAGAACAUAUUGUUUUGUUGUUAAUCAAAUUCGAUCUAACACAAACUAAUUUUCAAAACAACAUAACCGAUUUAAUUAGUAAAUAUCGUACUCAAAAAGAUGAACAAGUUUUAUCUGAAUUUGAAAGACGUUUUGAAUUACAAAAGAUCAAACAGUUUAAUCCAUAUUCUAUCUUAAUAGAAUCAUUCAAAUCAAUGGAAAAUGUAUUUAAAAAUAUGUCUCAAACGAAAUUUAAUUUAAACCAAACCGAACGAUUUUACAGAGGAAUUCAUUAUAGUUUCGAGAUCGACAUCAAUCAAAUAAAUGAAAAUAUUGAAAAGAUGAAGGUUAUUAAUGAUGAUUUAAAUGAUUUCGAAUUGAAUAAAAUUUUCGUUGAUUUUAUUAAACAAAUCGAAAUAAUAACCAUAGAAAAGUUUUUAGAUAAAAUGGAUAAAAAAAUGAGGAAUAAUUUAUUGAAAAAUUUAAAAUUAGUUUUGAAUUAUUUAAAUAAUCGAAAUGAAGAAAUGAUGUUUUUUGGUUUGGAUAAAGAUUUCUUAGUUCAAUUAUCAAAUCUAAGAAAAGCAUUAGGCAAUUUUAAUAAUAGUUUCUUACUCAAUAUGGAAAAUGGAUUAAAAAAUAUAGAAAAAAAACGAUUUUUACAAGAUAUUAAUACAAGUAUCGUUCAUCUUCGAUUCACUGACCCUUGA